CAGCUAUCAAGGCUUGUUCUUGUUUGAUAGGUAUGGACUAAAUUACAGUUAGCUGUCCUCUCUUUCACGUACAUUGGGAACGAAUGCGACAGAGUGAGGAAUAUUUACGCACUGCUUGUCAGAAUCUCACUUGUAAUUGAAAUUAUUGAAGCCGAAAAGCAUUCUGUGCAUGGUUCUGUGGUAUAAAUUCAGAAGUUUGGAAGAUACUUAUAACAGGUCACGAUGACGCCUCCUAUCGAACUAGACGGAAAAAAUCUUGGCGAAAAACACCAACACCUUAAUCAACUAGUAAAAGAAGCUAUUGAGGACGAAAAUUAUACAAUAGACGAAUUUAACAUUGAAGAUGGAGAUAUCAAAAAUUUACUCAAAAUAGAAGUAGCAAAUAAAACUAGGAAUGUAGAUUACAUUUUGAAAGUUUUAGUUUGCGAAGACUCAUUGUAUGUGUCGAGGGCGAUCAAGCAGAGCUUGUGGUUAGUAACAGGUGAUGAAUACAGGAAUAUUAUCAACCCCGAAUAUUUACACACCACGCUCUUUCCAAAAAUGAAUACUAAGAGCGUUAAUAAAUUUAUAAAAUAUAUACAGCUCAAUCUAAAAGAUACAACUAGAGCUGAACAAUUUUAUGAUUACGAAAAAAGUCCUGAGAAAGCUGUUUACUGGUUACCACACUGUUCAUCGGAAUUUAUCCAUAAAAACAUUACAAAACAUAUGGACCAUUUGAAAAUCUCACUAAUUAAACGACUGUGUGAAAAAAACAUAAUGGUACUGGAAACUUUCGUUAAUGCCUGCAGUCCCAUUUCUAAAAGCAAAGUCUUUGAAGCUACCGUAUUUGUAUUAAAUUCAGAUAAUAUUGACAAGUAUUUGAAUUUUGUAGAAAAACUUCAAAAUUAUGAAUAUCCAAAAUUUAACAAGUCCGGCACGAAUCUAAUAAUGAGGCUUGCACCUAAAAGAAUCUUUGACAAGUUUGAUAAUUACUGUAACUAUAUUCAUUUACCAACGUUUAUAAAAUUUCUCAAAAAUAACAAUAUCAAAACUUUUCUCUUGGAACAAGCAUCUAAGGCUGAAAAACAAAACAGAGCAGCGGGUAUUUUUAACAAACAUCAAUUACAAUGUUUCUUUGAUGCCAUGCCCAAAGAGGAAAGAUUUGAUUUCAUAAAACAAAUUUUCAUUGAUAAGAUUCAUACACAAAAAAGUAAUUUACUAACCGAUUCUGAAAUAAGGGCAAUGAGUUACUUAUACAAUUGUAUAAAAAACAAAAGAUGGUAUAACGAACUACAGUUGUAUCAAUACGCUCCUUUUGAUGUUGCUUUUUCUCAUAUUAAGAACCUUAUCAAUCAAGAAACACAAAGUUCAGAUAAGAAAAACAUGUUUUCAAUUCUUGUAUUAACUGCUAAACAUAAUGAUCAGAAUGUAAAUAGUUUGUUACAAUAUUUUCGAGAAAAACAUUUAAAUGAUCAAUUUGAUCUGAGGUACCAAUUUGCAAAAGAUAUAAUCAGUCAAACAAAUUUCCAUAAAUUGGACCAAAGCAUAUGGAAUGUUCUAGAAGAUAUAAUGAUGCCAGAUAUUGUUGAUGCAGAUAAGAGUAUCCAGGUAUUUAUAGAGUCUACAAUUAUAUUUAAGGUACUUCAUUCCCAAAAAGUACUAGAGAUAAUUGAAAGAAAAUUUCAAUUUAACUCAUUGAAUACCUAUAAAAAUAGAUUGAACAAAGAAGAUGAAAUUUUAAUUUUUAAUUAUUUAUACGACUACAUAAAAACAAAAUUACUGGAAAGUCGCGACUUUAAAACUGAACAACAAUUUGAUGAUACUCUUAAAAUACUAGAUUCGGUAUUAACUUUGUUAAAUGAUUGGAACAAAGAUCUACGAGAAUAUCCAUUAAUUAUCAGCACAAUUAAGGACCUUUUAAAAGCUAAGAAACAAAAUUCAUGGAAGAAAGAUUUAUCUAUUUUGUACAAUAAAAACAAAUCGUGGAAGAAAUGGCUCUUUGAAGAGUCAUUUGAGCUAUGCCCCUGUCAGUCUGUUUUUGUGAAUGCUGUCAAGCAUGACCCAACCAUGUUUGAACGAUAUAAAUCAGAAGCAGAAGAACUUUGCUUGAAAGAAAAGGAAAAUGUUAUUCAGUUCUUAAAAAAGAUUAAAAUUUAUUGGUCACAAUCGCUUACUAAGACUUGGACUAAUGUUUUUAUUAAUAAGCUCAAUAAUUUGAACAAUCAAAAGGCAUCCUCUCGUGGAGUGUGUAUUUUGUUUCCCAGAAAUGAUCUAUUAGCCAUUUUGAAUAAAUAUGCGCCCGAGAAUCCUAAAAUAGAUUACGGCAAUAUCAACGAAUUAAAUUUAAAUUUACAAAGAUGUUUUGCGACAAAUAUGCACAUUGCUAGACCUCAACCGCCUCCUGAAAUCAUUUUAUUAUAUGCUAAGGGAGAUUACUUGAAAUGUUCUUUGCCAUCAUUACUGUCUAUUUACCAUAACUUAAGCGGAGCAAAAAGUGCAAGAUAUAUUUCAGAACUAUUGAAUGCACAAGUUUCUUUACAAAAGCAUGCUAUACGUUUUUCAUUUAUAAAAAUGAAAACCCACGAGAUACCUGCUCUCUAUGAAAACGUGUGGAAAACUUCCAAAAAUACUACAAUUAGAAGCGUUUUGUUCAAAACUGUUCACGAUCUCGUGUGUAAGGAAAAAGAUCCCGUAGGAAUAGACACAUUAUGGAAUUUAUUGAAAAUGUUUAUAGAUAAUUUAACUUUCAAUGAAAAUAAAAAUGUAUAUGAUACAUUAUUAAAGGUCAGUGAUACUCCUAUAGCCAUCAGAGCUGAUUUCUUUGUAAAGAGCUAUACAUUUUUGAAAAGUUUACAAACUUCUAAAAUUGAAUAUGAAACAUAUAAUUCCAGUCUCAAAUAUACAUUGUUUCCAUAUGCUCGUGAUAUAAUGGACACACUACCACCAUCUUUUGUAGAAAGUAUACUACUAGAUUUUAUUAAUGAAGAUUUCAUUAAAGAAAGUGGAAGCUUUUAUACCAUGAGGGCAAGUAUACUCGUAAUAACCUCCUAUCUGUUAACAGCAAAAGAUGAAAGUACCCAAAUGAAGAAGUACGAAGAAAUAUUCAUCCCUAUUGUGAAGCACUGUACUACUUCAUUUAAAGAAAACAAAAAUAGAGAUCAUUGUAUCAAAAAUCUUGAAAUCUUACUGGACAAACUGUGUGAAGACCUGCAGAUAUAUUUCUUUGAGAAGAAAAUGAUUCUGCCAAUAAAAAUGUUUUCAGCUAUAAAAGAUGAUCUGGAAAAAAUAUUUUCCGAAACAGAAAAUUAUCUGAUGUUAACAAAAUGGACACUGGCUUUAGCAUUUGCUAAGAGUUUAAAUGGACAUCAGGGUAAUGAUUGGUCUAGCCUAUGUCUUGCAGCAGCGCCUCAGUUUGGUAAAGACUGUUAUCAAAUUUUAUAUGAACAUAGCAAAAAAUAUUUUCCUCGCAUUUACAUUUUGUUCGCGCGUGCUCUGGAAAGUAUUUUAAAUUUGUUCAUUCAAAAUAUCAGAGAUGCCUCUCGAUUGAAAAUAUAUGAAUGUUUAAUUCACGACAAAGAUUUCGUGUUAGGUUAUUUAGCUGCUUUACAGCUUUAUCCCAAAAAUUCUUCAGAUGAUGAAGAAUGUAAUAAACAAGUUGAAAAAUUGCGUCAAGUUAUAUUUGAACAUCCAUCAGUAGAAGUUAAAAUGCAUUGUCAUAGUAUUAUUCUGGAAACAUAGGUAGUAUUCAGCAAUUACUACUCAUAGGUACAGCUACUUAAAAUAGGUACUUAUUACCUACAUACCCACUUGGUAGUAACUUCAAUUUUGUAAACCCUACGAGUCUUUUUUUUACGUCUUAUAAAUAUUUACAUCUAUUACUUUGUAAGCUAUAGUAUACUUAAAUGUAUUUGCAUUUUUAUUCAAAAUAAAAAUAUAGUAUGCCGAAA